AUGUCAUUGGUCAAUAAUAGGAAACGGCUUUCUAGCGGGUUGAGUGUCACUUCAAAAGUCUUUGUUCGAUCGCGAAAUGGCGGUGCAUUGAAGAUUGUACGCGAGCACUAUUUGCGCAAAGACAUACCAUGCUAUUCAGUGGCUUGCACCAAAUGCCAAAACAUCAUCAAGCCCAAUGCCGAGGGCGAGUUGCCCAAAUUUAUACUCUCAUCACAGCCAGCAAAGACCAAGGACAAAAAGCCACACUACGUGGUGCUAGACACCAACAUUGUGUUGCAUGCGAUGGACUUGUUGGAGAAUACCCAAUGCUUUUACGAUGUGAUCAUCCCGCAAACGGUGUUGGAAGAAGUCAAAAACAGGUCUUUCCCCAUCUACCAGAGGUUGAGGAACUUGGUGAAGCUGGAGGACAAGAGGUUUAUUGUUUUUCACAACGAAUACAACGAGUCAACAUAUGUCACUAGAAACAAAGGCGAAAGCAUCAACGAUAGAAACGAUAGAGCAAUUAGAAAAGUCACUUCUUGGUACAAGGAGCAUAUCUCCGGCAUCGAAAUCAUAUACGUGUGCAACGACGCUGAUAACCGGAGCAAAGCAUUAGCUGAGGGCCUCAAUGCGAAAUCAUUGGUUGAGUACAUGGACGUUUUGCCCAACGGGGAAGACUUGAAAGAUUUGAUCCCUACAGACUUUAGCCAAUCGCAGUUUGAAAAAAGUUACGACGGCGACGAAACAUCUUUUCCCGAAUACUAUUCAAAUGCAAGGAUCAUGGCUGGGAUCAAAAACGGCACGUUGUAUCAAGGUGUCUUGAACAUUUCUGCAUACAACUAUCUCCAAGGUGAAGUCAAUGUCCCGGCAUUCAAAAAGCCAUUGCUCAUUCUGGGGUCCAAGAACUUGAAUAGAGCCUUCAACUCGGACUCGGUGAUUGUGGAAUUACUUCCAAAGGAUCAAUGGAGAGAGCCAUCUUCGACAAUUGUGGAAGAGACUGCCAUUGGAUCCAACGACAAUGCCGGUGGAGGUACUGGUGGCGACGAUGAUGAUGGCGAGGACAAUGGCGACGACCGAUCUUCAAAUACAAAUCGCGGAGUGAUUUCUGAUAAGGAGCGUUUGCUUUUGGCACAGGAGGCGAUGAAAUCUAAUCGGUCAACUCGAGAUGAGAAACGACUUCAGCCAACAGCAAAAGUAGUUGGGAUAAUGAGGAGGUCCUGGAGAUACUACGUGGGGCAGAUUGCCCCUUCAUCGGUGAGCCAGGACGAUACUGGUAAUACGGCCAAGAACUGCUUUGUUAUCUUGAUGGACAAAAGUUUGCCGAAACUCAGAAUUAGAACCAGGAAAGCGAAGGAGUAUCUUGGCCAACGGAUAGUUGUUGUUGUUGAUUCGUGGCCCAGCGACUCGAAAUACCCCAAUGGUCACUUUGUGCGAGCAUUGGGGGAGGUGGAAAGCGCCGAGGCAGAAACCGAGGCUCUCUUGUUGGAACACGAUGUCGAGUACCGCCCGUUCUCCAAAAAUGUAUUGGACUGUUUACCAAAGGAAGGGGACAACUGGGUCGUGCCCGACCUCACCAAUACCAGCGACGACACACAGUUGCAGAAACGAGUCGACCUUAGAGACAAGUUGGUGUGCUCGAUCGACCCACCCAACUGUGUCGAUAUCGAUGACGCCUUGCAUGCUGAAAAACUUCCCAAUGGGAACUAUGAGGUUGGUGUACACAUUGCCGACGUGACCCAUUUCGUCAAACCUGGAACAGCAUUGGACCAAGAAGGUGCUUCUCGAGGUACGUCAACUUAUUUAGUCGACAAGAGAAUCGAUAUGUUGCCGAUGUUGUUGGGGACCAAUCUUUGUUCAUUGAAGCCUUUUGUUGACAGAUUUGCUUUUAGUGUCAUUUGGGAAGUGGACGAGAAUGCCGAUAUCGUGAAUGUGAAGUUUAUGAAAUCGAUCAUCAAGUCGAGGCAAGCGUUUUCUUACGAGCAAGCCCAAUUGCGCAUCGAUGAUCCAACCCAGAAGGACGACUUGACCGAGUCCAUGAGAAUCUUGUUGAAGCUUUCGAAAAAGAUGAAACAAAAGAGAUUGGAUGCGGGAGCUUUAAACUUGGCCUCGCCCGAGGUCAAAGUCCACAUGGACAGCGAGACCUCGGAUCCGCAAGAAGUGGAAAUUAAAAAAUUGUUGGAGACAAACUCGCUUGUUGAAGAGUUUAUGUUAUUCGCCAACAUAUCCGUCGCGAGAAAGAUUUACGAUGCGUAUCCACAAACUGCCAUGUUGAGAAGACACGCGGCACCGCCAGCGACAAAUUUUGAAACGUUGAACGACAUGUUGAACGUGAGAAAGAACGGAUUAUCCAUCUCUUUGGAAUCGUCGAAGGCUUUGGCUGAUUCGUUGGACCGCUGCGUGGAUCCAAACGACCCUUAUUUCAACACUUUGAUCAGGAUCAUGUCCACGAGAUGCAUGAUGGCUGCUGAAUAUUUCCCCUCGGGGUCAUAUGGGUAUCCCGAGUUUAGACACUACGGUUUGGCGGUUGACAUCUACACCCACUUCACUUCGCCAAUUCGGAGAUACUGUGAUGUUGUUGCUCACAGGCAACUAGCAGGCGCCAUUGGGUAUGAAAACUUGGACUUGAGCCACAGAGAUAAAAACAAGAUGGAAAUGAUUGUCAGAAACAUCAAUAAGCGUCACCGUAAUGCGCAAUUUGCCGGUAGAUCGAGUAUAGAAUACUAUGUGGGGCAAGUGAUGCGGAACAACGAAAGCGAACAGGAAGGUUAUGUGAUUAAAGGAUUCAAUAAUGGUGUUGUUGUUUUGGUUCCUAAAUUUGGAGUAGAGGCUUUGAUCAAGUUGGAGAGCAUGGGCGAUGUCAACAGCGCCAACUAUGACGAGGACAAGUACGAGCUUACAUUUACGGAUUUUUCGGGUAACAAGAGAAAAGUAGGAGUGUUUGAUAAAGUCAAGGUUGAUGUCAAGUCCGUCAAGGAUGAAAUAAGCGGCAAGAGAAAAGUCGAGUUGGCAUUAAAAUAG